AUGGAGGACAGAACUUUGAGUCAACAAGCAGAGUUGGAAACGGCUAGCCAAGUAGAAUCUAAAACGGCUGGCCAAGUAGAAUGUAAAACUCAUGUCGCAGAGCAUCUAACAGUUGAAAAUUUUCCAGAAAACGUUCCAGAAAACGUUCCAGAAAAAUGUGGAGAAAAGAUAGUUGAAAAAAUGACGCUUGGAGAAUCAAAUACAGGAUCAAUAAUUCCAGAGAAAAAAAUAAAUUUUGAUAUAUUUUGUUAUUUAAUUGGAAUAUAUAAAAAACAUGGUUUAUAUUAUGAUGAAAUGGAUCGAUUUUUAGGAUAUGUUAACAGAAGGCGAAUGAAACUUAGAAGAAGUGUUUUAAAUAAAGUUAAAAAGGUUGGAAAUAAAUACACAUCAAAAAUAUAUAAUCCAGAUGUAAUAAAUGAUAAAUACUUUGAAUUAUUACUUUUAGAUGUUGAAAUAUGUAGAGUUAGAUAUAUAAAAAUAAAAACAGAUGUAAAUAAUUUAAAGGCACCAUAUAGAUCUAAACAUUGUUAUUUAAGACGAUUAAAAAAAGGACUAAAAAAAAUAAAAUUUUUGAUUAAUUCUGUAAGUAAAGCAAUUGAUAAAAAUACUGAACUACAAAUAAAAUGUUAUCAUGCUUAUACUGAAAUUGCAUAUCUUUUAGAAAUAAAAAAAUAUGAAGAAUGUAUAUCUAAAAUUGUCGAAUUUUCAAAAUUUGUUAAAUUAAUAAAAAGAAUUACUGUAAAUAAUACAAGUAUAGAAUAUGAUAAAAAAAAUGAAGAAGAAAAUAUAAUAAAUUUAAGUGAAAAUAUUAUAGUGGAAAAAAGUAAAAUAUUUUUAGAGAACGAAAAAAGAAUCAAUGAAAUUUAUGAAUACUUUUUAUCGAUUGUAAAUUCAUAUGAACGUAUAUGCUUAUAUAAUAUUAAAAAAGAUAAUGUAAAAAAAAAUAAUGAAAAAUUGCAAGAAGAAGAUUUCGAAGAAACAAAAGAUAAAAUAACAGAAAUAGAAACAUAUCAAAAUGAUGAAAAAGAAAGAUUACAAAUAGAUUGUAUAGAUAAUAUUAUUAUUAUUAAAAUAAAAAAUAAAACAUAUAAAUUGAUAAAUGAUGGAGCAAAUGGUGGAGAAAAUGAUAGCAUAUUAAAAAUAAAAAACAUUUUAGACAAUGAUAUAAAAACAGUGAUAGAAUAUGAUGAAAUAAUAAAAUUAAAUAAAAUUUUUAAUUUAAAUGAAGAAAUAAAAAAUAACAAUUUUAUACUUAUCAAAUUUUUAGAUAAUUAUGAAUUAUCUUUUUUAAUAAAUAAAUAUGGAAAUUUAUUUUCAAUAUAUAAUAAUUGUUUAUCAAUAGUUCAUGAAGAAUUAGUUAAAUCAACACAUGGAAAUUUAAAUAAAAAUAAAAAUAAUUCUAAUAAUGAUAAUAUUCUUAUGGAAAAAAUUUGGAAUAAUUUAGAAAAUUAUUUAUUAUGUGAAAAAUUAUAUGUAGAUACAGAAAGGAUAAUUAUAAUUCUAAUGAAAAAUUUAUAUAAUGUAUUAAAUAUGAAUAAUAAUUUAAAAGGGUUUAAUUUUUUUAAUAAAAAAACAUUAGAUGAUAUUGUAGAUAAAAUGCCAUUAUUACAUUCUGCAUAUAGAUAUGCAGAUAUGCUUAAACAAAAUAUUGAAGAAUUAAAAAAUAUUGAAAAUAUAGAUAUUUUUAUUAAUAUGUUACAAAUUAUUAAAAAUGUAAAAUCUUUUUCAUUAGCUUGUUAUUAUGCUUUAAAAGAAAAAAAUGCAGAAGCAUAUGCAUUAUUUGAUUUAAUUAAAUCUAGAAAUUAUAUUUAUAUAAAUAUUGAUAAUUCUGAACAUUAUAAUAAUAAAUCUUUGGUACGUGUUUCGAUUCUAUUUAACAGAUUACAAGAUAUUUUAUCGAUUCUUAAUAAUCAUUUUUAUUUUAAACACUUAGCAAUAUUUGCAUUACAAAUAAAAACGAAAUCUAUUAUCAAAGAUAAAACUUUAUUUAAUAUAGAUCAUACAUUGUUUCAACGAAAAAUGAAACAAAUAUAUUUAAACCCUAUCCAUAUUGAUAUGACACAAAUAUUCCUUGAACCUUCUUUAUUAGCCAAAAACAUUCAACAAGAAAAAAAAACAUCUGGAUUGAGGGGGCUUAUACAAUCAUUUUGGAAAUAA